GAAAUAGUCUGCAUUAGUUGAAACCUUUCGGUGCCAACUGUUCGAGAAGUUAGUUGCGUGUCAAUUGCAGAAGCAGACAGCUGUGAAAGUUUGUAAUUAAAUACAGACUAAAGUAAAUUAAUUACAUGCUUUCAAGAUCAGAAUCUGCUGAAAAUAUACAAUGUUAUACCUUGAACUUGGGCUGACAUGAACGAAUUGUGUAUAAAUUCACAGAAACGCCGCUGCAAUGAAAUCACGUGGACUCGACUAUUGGAAAAGACAGUUCCUCAAAAAGCGAUUCAAAUACACGGUUGUUUUCGUGUGUUUAGUCGGUAUACUCUUCUUAUGCUUUCAAAUGCUAUCACUUACUGCCAUCACACAUGGUAACGUGGAAAGAUUAAUCCGGCAUUUAAAAGUAAACGUUAGGGGAAUACAUCCAAAUUAUGCGUACAAAUAUGUACCAAAUUCCAAAGGAAACUUUGUAUGCCACAGUUCGAAACAAGAAAUAGAUUUUCGGCUCGUGAAUGAUAAUUACUGUGACUGUCCAGCAGACGGAAGCGACGAACCAGGAACAAACGCGUGCAAGAAUGCUGUGUUUCAUUGUGAAGCUGAGGCUAGUCUCUCAAAAAGUGUUCCAUCAAACCAGGUAAAUGAUGGUAUUUGUGACUGCUGUGAUGGGUCAGAUGAAUGGGCACAAAUCUUUUUUCCAUACAGGAUAAGUGAGGAACUCCAGAUGAAGCUUGGAAGAUACCACUCUCCAUGUCCAAAUCUUUGCCCAGAUGAUGUGUGAUGAAUUUAUGUUUACUUAAAUGUUGUUCCUGCCUCUGUGUGUACUUAAAACAGUUUUUAAGAACCUGAUCUCAGACAUUAGAGACCGAAUAUGUGCCUUAAUUUCACAAAACUGAAAAAAUUGGUUAUCAGCAUUUCAGCAGCUAUUUUAUUUUAAAAGGAGAUGAUGUUUUAGAAAAUAUGCAUACAACAUUCCUGGAAGGAAUUUAUACUCUAUGGGCACAGUAGGGAAGAAGACCCAGAUACAUAACAGACAUACUGUGUAAUAUAGCAAACAAAUAUUAAGUUGCUUUAAAUAUGCACUGGCAAUUUUUCAAAAAUGUCAGUUUCUUAAUGCUAAAAUUCAUACUUAAAGAGAAAGAAAUGAACAAAAAUUGCAUAACAGAAACCACAUUCCGUUUCAUUUGAACCAUCUAAAUACCUAGAAUAGUGCUGUUUUUAAAAGUUCAUUUUGAUAUUCUUUACUGUAGAAGUUAAUAUGUGCAUUCUGUAUCUCCCACACCCCACCCCUCUUCUCAUAAAUUUUCUCAAUUUAGCCACUUUAUAUGUCAUAUCAGUAGACUUCCAGUUUACAUAGUAUUUAUAAAGCCUGAAAAACAUAUAUUACCUUUGUGUAACUAGAAUGCAGAUCGAUACCGUCCAACGCGUAGGGUGCCACAAUCGUAAAGGCACUUUUUAUUUUGCGAGAACUUCAGUGUUAGGUUUUCUUAAAAUAAAGACCCUUCGGUAGUAUUAUUACAGCUUAAAGCAAAAACAAUUGUAAUACUGCAAGGGACUCUGUCACAUAUUUGUAAUGUGUAUCUGUAAAAUAAAAUUAUUCUUGAA